AUGCGCAAAGACGGCGUUCCUUUCCGACACAUCGUGUCGCUCAAAGGUACUCCAACGUACGGACUGGCUAAGUGGCUGUUCCGGCGUCUCAAGUUCCUGACCGAUGGGUCAGACACCACGGUCUCUUUGCCAGCACAACUCCUGGAGAAAGUCAAAGGGGUAAGCCUCCAUCCAAAUGAGGUCAUGGUAUCUUUUGAUGUUACAUCCCUUUUUACUUCUAUUCCCCAGGACCUGGCGAUCGAGACAAUCGAGCUGAUACAACAAAGUAAAUACGAUAAAACGGAGAAUUGUUUUAGACACGCCCAAGUCCUUCAGCUACUGAAGUUCUGUCUCAGGACGUACUUCAAGUCCGACGGGACAAUCUACGAACAGGUGAAGGGCCCACCAAUGCGUUUGCCGAUUUCCCGAUUCAUCGCCGAGGCGGUCCUGCAAUGGUUAGAGUCGCUGGUCUUCCAACACCACAGACCGAAAUUCUGGGCACGGUAUGCGGAUGACACCUUCGUCGUUGUCGACUUGAAUCAACUGCUGACAUUCAAGGAACAUCUGAGUGCGGUCUUCCCGGACAUGCAAUUUACGAUGGAGGGUGAAGAGAACGACCAGCUGGCCUUACUCGAUGUCCCCCUAUGCCUCAAAUAUUGUGAUGGAUUAAAGACCAAAGUGUUCGCGAAAACGACAAAUACGAUUCAAGUACUAAACUUUAACAGCAAUCACCCAAUCAACCCCAAACGCAGUUGUGUAAGGACGCUCUAUCGGCGUGUCGAAACACACUGCAGUGAGCCGGAAGACACGAUUGCCGAACUACAAUACCUCCGACGGGUCUUCAAAGCCAAUGGCUACCCGCGCAACUUCGUCAACCGGUGCAUACGCAAAAGGGACGAAAGUCCUAACCGCACUGGCACCAUAUCUUGGCGGGCGCUUCCGUAUGUCAAGAACGUUUCGAAAGCUGUCGGCCGCCUUCUCGCACCACUUGGGGUUGGAGUUGCACAUAGACCGGAGGCAACCAUCAGGCGUCUGGUAAUGAAACAGAAGGACCCGCUACCGUGGUAGGAAACGUCUGGAGUCGUUUAUCGGAUCUGGAGCAGUUGUGGACAAAGCAACUACGUCGGAGAAACCGGAAGACAGCUCCGAACGAAAAUGGCUGAACACGCUGCAGCGGUACGGAGAAAUGACGCCAGCUCCCAAGUUGCGACUCAUUCGACGAGAUCCGGCCACACAUUCAAAUUCGACGAGGUCGAAAUUCUCGCAAGAGGUGACAACCGCGUGAGCCGGGAGCUACUAUAAUCAUGGUUUACUGGCCCCCAGUCCAUUAAUAAGUGCAAUGACCUCCACUUCCAUACGCGUCGUACCACACGAUACUAAAGUGACUAGUGGAGAAACUUAGGGCUGUGAUGUAUUAGCUAGCUCUACAAAGCCAUUAGGAUACCUUUGAACUCGUUAAGGGCGCGGAAGACCUCGACCUAAACGGAGUGGUUCUAUUUUCGCUAGAUGUCUCGCCUCUUUAUGAACACACCGGUCACGGAAACUGUAAACUACCUUCGCGAAUUCAUUGCCUUCAAUCAGCAAUGCAGGUGGAUGUCCCCAAGAGUUUGUUGUUGUUGAGAUGUAACUUAGAAGUGCAGUUGCUAUUUGAAAACAAUCUACGCAGGCAGAUGGACGCAGUUGCCAUGGGCAUGCCGCUUGGUCUGCUUUUGGCGAAUAUGCUCAUGGACAAGCCAGAGGCUUUCCAGCUUCGUCACCGGGCCAAAGGUUUGGGAUACCAUGAGCGGUACGUGGAUGAUAUAGUUGUGAUUGCCCAGAAGAAAAACGUCUCAGUUUCCCAACAGAAGCAAAGAGACGAGUCCCAAGAAGUAGCCUUGAAGAAGGAGAGACGAUCGCUGGGACAAGAGCUUUAUUAG